UUUAGGAUAAUUAACUAACUUUAUUUUUUUAAUCAGCGUGUAUUAAUAGACUGGUUUGAAUACGAUGGUUUAAUUCUGUCCGAAUCGGCUAAUCCGAGCGUACUUGCCCAGGAGGCCGUGUCUCAUUCGGCGUGCUCGUGGGCGUCAAGUGCACUAAUGUAGGCCGUAGAGUUUAGUGAAUUCAGCGCUCUUGAUCAUGGAGGGCUCGAAGUCGUCCAGCACCACCAUGCACGUGAGCUUCGUGUGUCAGCGCUGCAACCAGCCUCUCAAACUCGACACCAGCUUCAACGUCCUGGACCGACUCACCUUCCAGGAGCUCAUCGCUCCUCUCGUCACCGUGACUCCGAGCAAGCAGGCGGAAACUGGAGACACAGAAGGUCCACCUGAGGAGACGUUUGCGGAGAGCAAGCAGGACGGCGUCUCACGGAAGUUCAUCCCUCCUGCCAGGAUGAUGUCCACAGAAAGCGCUAACAGCUUCACGCUGAUCGGCGAGGCUUCGGACGGAGGAACCAUGGAGAACCUGAGCCGCAGAUUGAAGGUGACCAGCGAUCUGUUCGACAUCAUGUCUGGUCAGAGCGACGUGGACCACCCGCUGUGUGAGGAGUGUACAGACACGCUGCUCGAUCACCUGGACACACAGCUCAACAUCACAGAGAACGAGUGUCAGAACUACAAGAAGUGUCUGGAGUUGCUGUCUCAGCUGCAGGAGGAAGAUGAGGACACACUGCUGAAGGAGCUGCAGCAGCUCAGGCAGGAGGAGGAGACGCUCAUUCAGGAUCUGGAGGCCAUCGAGCUGCAACGGGAAUCCGUCGCCAUGGAGAUCAGCGAGGCCCGGCACCAAGCCCAGCGGCUGGACACGGAGGAGCUGCAGUAUCAGAAGGAGUAUUGUGAGUUUAAACGGCAGCAGUUGGAGCUGGAUGAUGAGCUGAAGAGUGUUGAUAAUCAGAUGCGUUACUGCCAGGCUCAGCUAGACCGCCUGAAGAAAACCAACGUCUUCAACGCCACCUUUCACAUCUGGCACAGCGGGCAGUUCGGGACGAUAAAUAAUUUCCGUCUGGGGCGAUUACCCAGCGUACCUGUGGAGUGGAACGAGAUAAACGCUGCGUGGGGUCAGACUGUGCUGCUGCUCCACGCUCUCGCUAACAAGAUGGGCCUUCGCUUCCAGAGAUAUCGCCUCGUUCCCUAUGGAAACCACUCGUACCUGGAGUCUCUCACAGACAAGUCGAAGGAGCUGCCGCUGUACUGCUCUGGAGGACUUCGCUUCUUCUGGGAUAACAAGUUUGACCAUGCGAUGGUGGCGUUUUUAGACUGUGUGCAGCAGUUCAAAGAGGAAGUGGAGAAAGGCGACACGGGAUUCUGCCUUCCAUACAGGAUGGACGUGGACAAGGGGAAGAUCGAGGACACGGGCGGCAGCGGAGGAUCCUACUCCAUUAAAACGCAGUUUAACUCUGAGGAGCAGUGGACCAAAGCGCUGAAAUUCAUGCUCACCAACCUGAAAUGGGGCCUGGCCUGGGUCUCGUCUCAAUUCUACAACCGCUAACGGAGAGAGGGAGAACCAGGCUCGUUAGAUCUUUCUCUGAACCCUGUUGUGAACGUUUCGGUGAAAUGACGAGAAGGAGCGUAACGAGGUCUCGGCUUUUACCGUUUGUUGAUUGUGAUCACUUCCACGUCCAGCAGAAGAACAGAAGAACGUAUGGAUGGAGAUCCUCACGCUCACGACCUUCUUAAAGAUGACUGUUCAUACAACACUCUUUAUUAAAGAUCCGCACGUGUCACGUUUAAAGCGGUUCCAUAAAUCCGUAACGUGUGUCCUAAAUGUUUGAGCUUUCUGAUGGGUCUUAACUUUCAGACCCUCACAGCAGUGUUUCUACUCAACAGGUGUUUGUUGAAUACUGUGUUGUAUUAGAAUUAAAGAAUAAUCAUAGAGGCAUUAUAGCCACUUUAGCCACGCGCUGUCACUGUCGGGUUCUGAGCAUGCGGAUCAGAACCUCGCUGUAACUCCGAUUGGAUGCAGUUUGAUGCACGAGGGGAUGCGAUGUAGAAGAUGUUGAAGUUCUUUAAUUAGGUAAUUAAGCAGGCAUGUUCCAGCUGCAAUGUCCCCCAGAUGUGUAAAUGUGAAGCUUGUUGCUCAGAAAACAGUGAAAUAAAAUCCCACCAGAAGCUU